UCCCACAUGCCUUAGCGUGCCGACAAAUCAAAAUGGCGGAGAGUUGUUGUCUUGGAGAAUGUCAACAUACGAACUUGCAAAACGCGUAGAGUAGAAAUGAGAUGUUUGUAAAGUUGGUUGAAGUAUGCCAGGUGAAGAAGAGUCUGAUAGUGAAGGACAGCCAGGAGCAACAUGGGAACACCAGUCUCUGGCACAGGUGAAGAUAAAAGUAUUAAGAGGGCAUAAAGAUGCUGUAAACAGUUGUUCAUUUACAUUUGAUGACUCCAAAAUUGUCACUGCCUCACAUGACAAGACCCUGAGACUUUGGGAUGCCACCUCUGGAGCGCAAGUCAAGGUGUAUAAAGGUCACAAUUCAUAUGUCACUUGCUGUCACACAGACCCUAACAGUGCAAGGAUUGCAUCUGGUGGAUGGGAUAAAAGACUUCUUGUCUGGGAUAUUCAGACUGGUACAAUUCUGUGGGAAGCAGUGAAUGAGGGUAUAGUGACUUCCUGUCACUUCUCUCAUGAUGGACGCUACCUUGUCAACAGCAGUGAUCUAGAUUUUGCUGUCAGUGUGUGGGAUGUCAGGGAGGGAUCUCUUAUUAAGAAAUUCUUCAGUCACAAGAGUACAGUUACAUGUUGUCGAUUUGCUCCAAUGCAAAACCGGAUUUGUACAACUUCCAUGGACAGAACAACAAAGAUCACUGACAUGCUAACCUUCACUGAGGAUUAUAAUGUCACUCUUACUCUUGGGGGUCAUAUAAAUGUCAUCUCCAGCUGUUGUUUCAGUAGCGAUGAACACUUAUUGGCCACAGGAUCAUGGGACAAAAAUAUUCAAAUAUGGGACAUUGCCACUGGUGUCUAUAGAAACCAUGGGCCACUUACCUUUUCCAAAGGACAUGAAGGUUCCAUCAGUGCUUGCAACUUCAGUGAGGAUGGUAGUAUGCUAGUGUCCUCAUCAUAUGAUGAAACUUUGGUCAUCUGGGAUGUUGAAAACUGUUGCCAGAAGUUUGCCCUUAAGGGUCACACAGGCUGGGUAAAUGACUGCAAACUCAGUGCUGAUCAGAAAUGGAUAAUCUCCUGCUCAAAUGACAAAACUGUCCGUAUGUGGAACAUAGAGUCAAGUGAAGAUAUACCGGUGGUGUUAGAACACAGAAAAAACAUAGGACUGAGAAUUGUGCAGUGUCAAAACUGUAGCAAGCCUUUCUCAAUUGCUCAGCUGGAUGACGAGGUGAACCAUAAGUACUGUGUUUUCUGUCGUCUGGAGCAUCCCUCAGAAUUCUCACCUUCGCCAAUUGACUUUUGAUGUUUGGUUUGCGAUCACGAGUGAGCUACAUGAAUGCUUGUACUUACAUGCUAAGCUAUAAAGCGACAAGCCUCACCAGGUCACGGUUAAGAGGAAUGUUAAUUUCAAGCUAUGCAGCCGUGGAAGGCGUUUGCUGGAAAGUUCUGAUAGUGUGAAGAGUGACUGGUGAAUCUUACUGAAAUGUUAUUUGGUAAAAGAUCUGAAGACGUCGUGAAAAGUUUCUCCAAAAUCCUGCAACCUUUCUUGAAAUAUGAAAGGGAUGUGCUGAUGUUGCUUGCUACUAUUGUUCAGGCGCUGGUUGUUCAAAGUAGGAUUAUGCUAAUCGAGGUUUAGUGUUGAAGGACUAAUCGACCACGAUUUUAGUUUCUUUUUGUCCUUUGCCUUUUUACUUUAACUCAUCUCAACCUUUAGCAUUGAAAUUAUAUGCGGCAACAAAUAAAACCUGUGUCAACUUUACCCCUUGCCUAAUGUUUUUUAACGGCACGUAUUUUGUGGGUUGAAACGACCUGUUUAUUCGAAUUUAAGCCGAACAAAAAAACGCCAACAUAAAGGCUAACUGCAAGCAACCUAAGCUAAUCUGGACUAACUGGAAUGCUGUUCAGGCUAAUCAAUGUGCUAAGUAGACUCAAUGGAACUUUAAAAGUCGAUUUUUUAACUUGCAACCUGCGUAAAAAACCUGCCGGUUUUUUGUACUGAAAUUGAACCAGCCCAGGGAUUUAAGCUGUCGCCUGUGCGUUACUACAUCAACGUCCUCACAUCACGAGGCAUCAGCCAGCAAGCAAAUUUUCUCUAUUGUAUGGCGGCAUAUAGAUGGCUUCUUCAGCUACAUACCUAACUCUCGAGUUCUUAUAUUUAAACACGCCUUUGAUGCACAGAAUUCAACAGUGAUAUGCUAUGUUAGUAUAAAGACAGUGGGUCUUCAACUGGAUUGUUAAUUUAGUGUCUUCUACCAGUGUGAGUCUAUUGAGUUGCACUGGAGGGCUGGCUUCGUUGGAUUCGUUCGUCAUGACCUCCAGCCAAAGAUACCUCAGCAGGUCCGACCUUAGUCAGUCUGUAAGUAUUUUGACUGCCUGGUAUCCAGGCGUCUCUCCUUGGUUGGGGCGAGGUACACAUAGAGUUGUUGGCCUGUUGUGCUCUGAAAACUCCACAUACAUUUUGCUGCCUAAUCAUCAAGCCCCACUCUCCGCACAGAUACAAAUUGAAGACGCUAUGGAGGGGGCAGAAUUGCUGAUGUGUAAGGCGCAAGACGGCCUUUGUUGGACCGGGUUACGUUAAAUGAAAUAAAUUGCCACCUGAAAUAGCCCAGAAUGUUCGUGGGAUGAUAUUAUUCAGGGACAUUUUCUAUAUGCAGCAAAUGUUUGGUCAGGCGCAAUGUAAUUGUAAUUUAAAGUCUGAUGAAAUAAGUUUCCUUUGCUAGAUGUUUCAUUUACCCAACAACAAUUUUCUCUCAAAUGCUUUAAAACGCUGUUUCAGGCUCAGUCUGGAUUAAAGCUCAGGCCAUAAUUGUUCGAAGGGUGGAUACGCUAUCCACCGGAUAAAUCGCUAUCCAGUGGAUAAGUGUUAAUAAAACAAACCACGCUAUUCGCUGGAUAGUUAUUUGUCCGAUAGAUAGCGUUAUACACCCUUUGAUCAACUGGGGCCCUGUAGUUUAAUUUUAGGCUGCUCUGUAAAACGUUGAUCUGUUCAGUCAUCAGUUCUAGGAAAACUUGAUUUUUCUCGGGUUUAUUAGGACUUUUUUGUUCAUUUCAAAAUUCGCUAUUGCCUUUCUCACAUCAUAUCUGACCUUUUUCUUCCGUACCCUAAACGACAGUUUUAUCAAUUUGAAAACAACAGCCAUUAAACUUAUCAUACCACGAAAGGUCGAGGUGUAAAUUCUCUUAUGAAAAUCGUAGGAAUUAAAGGCCUCGGUUCCGGACGGAUAAUUUACCGAAAUGAUCUGUUGGGUGCUCCUGCCAUUUGUUUGGCUAGAAGACGGUAUUCGAAAUAACAACAGAUGGUCAAAAAACAAUGCAUGACGUUAUCAGUACUUCAGAUUGCCCUCAUUAGUGAUAGUGAAAAAGGAAAACAACCUAAAACGCCGUGGAAGCACCCGUGAUACAUAAAAGGAGAGAAAGGAAAACAUUUUAAUGAAUGAAUGAAUGAAUGCUUUAUUUAACGUGGAUAUAAGCU